CAAAGCCACACCCGAAACCACUUCACUUUCACAAUUAGUCAUCCGCUUUCGUUUCCUCACAAACACAAAAACAGUGUCACUGCAAGUGGAAAGAAAAAAAAAAAAAAAAGGAAAAGAAAUGGCGACGCUUAAAGUUCCCGCCCAUGUUCCACCUCCAUCUGAGGAUGCUGAACAGCUCCAUAAAGCUUUUCAAGGAUGGGGAACGAAUGAGUCGUUGAUUAUUGACAUUUUGGCUCAUCGCAAUGCUGCUCAACGCAACUUAAUUCAGAAAACCUAUUAUGAAGCUUAUGGGGAAGAUCUCCUUAAGACCCUAGACAAAGAACUUUCCAGUGACUUUGAGAGGGCUGUAAAGUUAUUUACACUGGAUCCUGCUGACCGUGAUGCAUUUUUGGCUAAUGAAGCUACUAAGAGGCUCACUUCAAGCCACUGGGUUCUCAUUGAAAUUGCUUGUACUAGGUCUUCACUUGAGUUGUUUAAGGUGAGGCAGGCAUACCAUACUCGCUAUAAGAAAUCCCUGGAGGAAGAUGUUGCACAUCACACAACCGGAGACUUCCGUAAGCUGUUGGUUCCUCUUGUGAGUGCAUUCCGAUAUGAGGGAGAAGAGGUGAACAUGACACUAGCAAAAUCAGAGGCAAAGAUACUUCAUGAGAAGAUCUCCGACAAAGCUUAUAACAAUGAGGAGAUCAUUAGGAUCCUGACAACAAGGAGCAAGGCACAAAUUAAUGCAACACUUAAUCACUACAACAAUGCAUUUGGGAAUGCCAUCAACAAGGAUUUGAAGGCUGAUCCUAGUGAUGAGUUCCUCAAGUUGCUGAGAGCAACAAUCAAAUGCUUGACCUGUCCUGAGAAAUACUUUGAGAAGGUUCUGCGAUUGGCCAUCAACAAGCUAGGGACAGACGAAUGGGCUCUUACUAGAGUUGUCACCACUAGGGCAGAGGUAGACAUGGAACGUAUUAAAGAGGAAUACCAUCGCCGAAACAGUGUUACUCUGGAUCAUGCCAUUGCUGGAGACACUUCCGGAGACUAUGAGAAAAUGCUCCUUGCCUUGAUUGGCCAUGGUGAUGUUUGAGCCAAUCCUAAAAUGCAGAGCAGAACGAUUUAUCUUUCGUGUGCAUGUUGCUUAUGUAUUUCCCUUGCCAGACUUCACCUUUCUGGCGUGUUAUCUUUGCAUGGACGGAUGUAUUGCUAAAUCUGGGUAUCUUUCUGGAAUGUUUUUAGUACCUGUGCUGGCUUCAUAGAAGUUGGGAAUGAACCAGUUUGAUGUUUUGUUAUAUCCUAUGGUAUACGAAUGUCCUGCAGUUGCUUGGUGUUUUAAUAUAUCAAAUCUAACAUUGAAUGGGACUGAGUAGCCAUAGUUGAUAUGUAACUUGGAUCCCCGGUUUAAUAUCACAUUACUUCUCUUCC